AUGCUAAGCAGCACUGAAUCGCCUGAGGGAGGAGCGGGGCGGCGGGGAGGGGGCGCCGCGGGGGCAGGGAGCGCAGCAGCCGCAGCGCGAAGGCGCGGGGGCCGGGGCACAAACGGUUGGCGCACAGGCAGCCAUACCGGGGCCGGAGCCCGGGCAGAGGAGGGCAGCGACGGCGAGGGCGAGGCUGCAGAGCCCGGGGCGGGUACCGCGCGGGAACCAGCGCGACUGCGUGGCUACCGCAGCCGUCGGUUCGUGUUGGACGCGCACCGCUGCUGCCUCUGCUACUUCAAGAACCCGCACGACCCGCUGCCCCUCGGCCACCUGGACAGAGCGGAAGCCUGCUUCAGCUACCAGCGCGCCGACGAGGCGGCAGAGCAGCCUGCGCACUUCCAGGUGCGCAGCGCGGGAGCCGCCACCGUGCUUGAGGAUCUCGCUCUGUUGCCCAGACUGGAGUGCAGUGGUGUGAUCUCAGCUAACUGCAACCUCGAUGCCUGGGCUCAAGUGAUCCUCCCACCUGAGCCUCCCGAGUAGCCGGGACCACAGACAGAGUCUCAUCCUGUUGCCCAGGCUGGAGUGCAUUGGUGCAAUCUCGUCUCACUGCAGUCUCCAUCUCCCAGAAAUUUGAUGUCUUCUUUCCAUCCUGGGAAUGGACAUAAUGAUAGUCAGAGGUCUGUGUUUUAUGCCAAUGAAAAGUGGGAA